GAGCAGCUCGUUAAAAUGGUUGUCGACAAAGUUAUUUUGGCAUAUUCUGGUGGCCUGGACACGAGCUGCAUACUCAAGUGGUUGCUGGAGCAGAAGUACGAGGUCAUAUGCGUGCUGGCUGACGUUGGACAGCAUGAAAACUUUGAGGCAGCGCGUCAAAAGGCGCUCAAGAUUGGUGCCAAAAAAGUGAUUGUGGCUGAUGUCAAACAGAGCUUUGUUGAGCACUAUAUUUGGCCGGCCAUCCAAAUGGGUCUUAUCUACGAGGAACGCUAUCUGCUUGGCACCUCCCUGGCACGACCCUGCAUCAGUGUCGCCUUGAUGGAGGCGGCUAGACAGCACGGUGCCAAGUACUUGGCCCAUGGGGCAACCGGCAAGGGCAACGAUCAGGUUCGAUUUGAGCUAUCCGCUUAUGCGUUGCAGCCAGAUCUAAAGAUCAUUGCACCCUGGCGCGACGUAGAGUUUUGUCGCCGCUUUCAAGGUCGCCAGGAUCUGAUUGCCUAUGCGCAGGCUCAUGGCAUCGAGGUGACUGCAAAGCCAGCCACACCCUGGAGCACGGACGCCAACAUGCUGCACAUAAGCUACGAGUCGGGAGUGCUAGAGGAUCCCAGUAUUGUGGCGCCCAGCAGUCUGUACGAGCUGACACUCGAUCCACUCACACAGGCACCACAGAGUGUUAAACGCGUCUGUGUUCUUUUUGAGCAUGGUUUGCCCACGGCCGUGGAGGAUCUGGCAAGUAGUCAAGUGUACAGCACUCCAUUGGAUAUGCUCAGAUUCCUCAAUGAUCUGGGCGGCACUUAUGGCAUUGGACGGAUUGAUAUUGUGGAGAAUCGAUAUGUGGGACUCAAAUCCCGUGGCGUAUAUGAGACACCCGGUGGUACAAUAUUGUACGCGGCGCAUCAGGAUCUGGAGGUAUUUUCUCUAGAUCGCGAAGUUCUGCGCACUAAGCAAAUGUUGCGGGAUCGCAUGUCCGACUAUGUGUACAAUGGUUUUUGGUUUAGUCCUGAGGCACUCUAUGUGCGACGCUGCAUAGAACUGGCUGAGCAGCAGGUCACUGGCCAGGUCACCAUUGAGUUGUCGCCGGGCUACUGUCGGGCUAUUGCCCGCAAGGCAGGCAACAAGGUGGGUUCGCUUUACAACCAGCAGCUGGUAUCGAUGGAUGAGCAUGGUGGCUAUGUGCCACAGGAUGCUGGCGGUUUCAUUGCCAUUAAUGCGGUGCGCUUACGUGAACACGUCCGUGCCUUUGGUGCCUAUCAGACUGAUGAUCAGCAGCAGCUAAAAUAACUGGCGUCCAAUGUAUUAAAUAUAUUGGAAUAUAUCUUUGAUCCUCAAGCAGCAAACCAUUUCGUUUAAUUGACUUUGCGCUUUAUCACAAUACAAUUUCAUUAUGACAGCAAAUCACAUAGAGAAAAAUCUGUUCAGUAUUUCAUAUUCUGUUCGAUUUUCUGGCAACUCUCAACACACAUUUGAUUCUAUGCAAUCAAUUCAUUGCCUGCUCAAUAAAUUGUCCGUAGAAAACAAUAACACUUGAAGACAAUCCAAUUCGUAUUACAUGUACACAUUUCUUUGUAUUUGUAUUUGUAUUUUCUUAUCAAUAAAGCAGCAAAUUUCCAGUGUUCGAUUUCCCAA